UAGGUUAAUCCUGUAAGGCCGUAGAGGUAGACGGUGUUGGGGAUAUCUGUCUUCCUCGUGUUAUACUUCUUUUUGUUCAAUACAGGGUUAGGACGCCUAGAAGACAACGAACUUUUGUAAGGAAGUCGGCGGUUUAGUUACCUAUAGUAUAAGAAAUGCUUGAAUUGUACGUUGCUUGCACUACUUAGCAGUUUUAUGAAGAUGCUGUGAUGAAAAGCAGAAAGCGAAUGUAAUGUUUCACAGAUGACAUUUUGUUAGUGUUGUUUAUUAACUCCAUCUCUUAGGUUCUUGAACAUGAAUUUACCGUUAACCCCCCUCAAUGCCACGUUGCCAAAGAACUGUGCUUCCAAGAGUGUAAAGAUGUUAGUAUCAAUAAUCCUAGUUCUUUCGUGUGCGAUUCUUUUACAAGUAGAAGCUACCCAUGUGGAGGAUAUUACUAAUCCCCAGGCUUUACUGAAGAAUAACGUGCAUGUCAAGAGGUUUUGGGGAGUGCCAGACACCGUAGCGACUGCCGGCAAACUCUUCAACUACUCUGUACCUGAAGAUGCAUUUACAGGACAGGUCGAUCGGUUCGAGGUAGUGGAAGCUAGUGAAUAUACUCUCCCGAAGUGGUUGAUGUUUGACCAGAACAGCCGUACUUUUCUUGGAGUUCCAACAUCUAAUGACCAGGGGCAGUAUUACAUCAGCGUGAAAGCUGUUGGACCACCCGAUUUAAAUGGGAACCCUUCUAUUGGGAAGGAUGUAUUCACCAUUGAAGUAGUACCAGAAUUACAACACUUCUCACAGGCUAUCCUCCUGCCUCAUCUUGGUACUGAGUUCUUCAAGUGUCCCCAAGAGGAGUCUGUUACUGUUGCAUCACUGUUUGUUGACUCCACAUUUAAUGAUCUUAGUCCUUCAGAGCGAAUAGAUGUUAUUUCCAAGUUAGCUUCAUUUGCAGGAGUAUCAGGAGAUCUUAUAAAAACAAGUCUUUUAAUGUCUGAGUGGAAGGUACAUGACAACUCUGCCAUAUUAGCUGGACCAGGAACUGUGAAAAAAAGAGGAAAGACAGGAGUGGUCUUCCAGUGGCAAGUAGGGUGUUCUGGUCAAAUCAAGCCCUCACAUACUAAUAAGAUAUCAGAGUUGGGAUGGUUGGCUGAAAAUGGAUCCUUAGAAAAUCUGCUUGGCUAUGCAAUUAUUGGCUGGAAUGUGGUUAAUCAGCAGCCAUUGCUGCUCCACAGAGAGAAGAGAGAAAUGAAUGUGAGAGGAACUCCUGUCCCAGAAGUACCAAUUCCUAGCAAAUGGCCAACCUUUUCAGAAAUGGAUGGUCCAGAAGAGCCCUCAGAGGAGACAGAAAUCCCUGAGUCACGAGUGAUUCCUACAAUGGCAUCUCCAUCUUUCACAGUACCAUCUCAUAGACAUAGGCAUCACCAUGGUGAAGAAUUCAUGAAGGUAGAAGAUGGACAUUAUAGUGGUAGUGUUGAGAUAACUCCCUCCCCAACUUAUCACUACCACCAUCUGCCCUCAAGUAGAUUUGACUCUCCAAUGAUGACACCUGUUUUUCAACCAGAAAGACCAUCAAUUUAUAUUUCUUCAUCUGUCAUUGAAGAGUUGCAGCCAAGCAGAAGCCAACUGGAAGAAAAGACCCAUCUAGACAUCUUCUCUUCAUCUUUAGUCAUGUCGGAGACAGAAGCCCUGCCAAAGCCAUCAAGAACUUUUGUUGUGUCAUCAGUAGUUGUAACUUCUGCCAUCCAGCCCACCAAAAGCUAUGCACCUGAAGAACCAACAAAAAAACCAGUUGUUCCUGUUAAUUAUAAGCCAUCACUUCAAAACCCUAUGAAGAAUUUGAAGGUCUAUGCUGGUCAGGUAUGGAGCUUCAAGAUACCUGAAGACACUUUUUCAGAUAAUGAAGAUGGGAACACAAGAAAUCUAAAACUAAUAUUCAUGACAAGAAAUAGAACAGUUUUAUCACCAUCAUUGUGGAUCCAGUUUGAUCCAGAAAAACAAAAACUGUAUGCUCUUCCUCUUGUAGGGGACAUUGGUAAACAUUAUUUUACUUUGGAAGCCAUGGAUAGUCAUGAGAUGUCUACUUUUGACCAUUUCCAGAUUGAAGUGUUGGAAAAUCCAUCACAACAUGGUCUUAAUUAUGAAUUUACAAUGACUUUGAAGUAUAAGAAAUGGAAAUACCCUACUAGCAUCGAUUGGCAAAUAGAACUGGUUCAGAAGCUUGCCCAAUUCUUUGGUGAUGAUGAUACUUCUUAUGUUUCUGUCCAAUCUGUGGCACAAGAGCCUACUUCUCUGACUUGGACAAACUUUUCCUUACCUAAUUAUCCUUGUCCACAGGAAGCUAUUCAUGAGUUAAUGAGGAAACUUGUUGCAAAUGAUAGGAGCCAUCCAACAAGACCUCUAAAGAAAGCAAUGAAGCCAGAAUUUAAUGUGCAAAAGGUUCAUGUCAACUUCCGUGGAACUUGCCAUGUACCACCGAGUCUCGUUCCUGUUAAUAAUUCUCCUGAGUUACAAAAUCCACUUGAGAACAUUAAAAUACAAGUUGGAGAAAUACUUCAGUUUAAAAUUCCAGAAGAUACCUUCUUUGAUAUUGAAGAUGGUAACACUACUUACCUUAAAUUAAUGUUUUUAACAUCUGACAACAAAGAACCUCCAAAUUCUUCUUGGAUUCAGUUUAACCCAGAAACUCAAAAUAUAUUUGGCCUUCCAUUUGAAGAAGACCUUGGGAGUCAUAUAUAUCAACUUGUUGCAGUUGAUAGGGAAGGAAAAGAGGUCAGUGAUGAUUUUUUUAUAACUGUUAACUUGCCAAUUCCGAAAGACAACAGUGUUAAAUUUAGUAUUCACAUUAAUAUGGACUAUGAGCAAUUUAACCAAGAUAUCACUCAAAAGAUACUUGUUGCUCAUAAAUUAGCUCGUGUAUUUGGCGAUUCUGACCCAAGAAACCUAACAGUUUUAUCAAUUACUAAUGGCUCAGUAGUAUAUUCCUGGACCAACAAUACUCUUCCAUCAGAACCCUGCCCAGAAGAUAUAAUACUUGAACUUACCAAACACAUGAUUGAGGAAAACAAUACAAUCUCCAAAACAUUCAUUGAGGAAAUGAGCCCAGAAUUUAAAAUUGAUCAGGUUAACAUGCACCCACAGUAUGCAUGUGAAGGCAUUUUUAGCCCUGUCUCUGUAAGUGUUGGGCUUAAACCACCCAUUGAAGAGUCAGCAGUUCCAGAUGAUGAUGAUAUUUAUAUUACUACUAUUAUCCCUGCUGUUGUCAUUGUGGUCAUGCUUAUCAUUGCAGCUAUGGUUGCUUGCUUUUUGUACCGCCGGAGGCGUAAAGGAAAAAUGAAGAUGCAGGAUAGUAGUUCUUUCAUGAGUAAAGGCAUACCCAUUAUUUUUGCAGAUGAGCUUGAUGAAAAGCCAAAACCUGCCAAAUCUCCUGCCAUUAUGAAAGAAGAAAAGCCACCUUUAUCCAGUCCCGAAAAUGGGAAGUCUGCAGAGGAAGCUGCUCAACACAUUCCUCUUCUUCCUAAAAACUCAGAAGCUAGUCCUGAUGCAGGAUCCUCCCCACCAUACCACCCACCUCCUCCCUUCACAACAAAUAGAGACAAUAAAAACACCCGACCAAAAACCACACCAACUUACAGGCAACCUCCACCGUAUGUUCCUCCAUAAUAUUUGCUUGUAGUCAUGUGCCUUAUGCCCAUCACUGUGGCAGGAAGGUCAAUUGUGAACUACAACAGAUUUGAAGUGCCAGAACUUCCAGUUGUCUUCCACACUACAGUGGUACAUCUGUUUCUGUGUUAUAGUGUAUGUCAUGAUUAAGCUUAGCUCAUAUUUCUUGUAAUCCUGAAAUCUAAGACCUUUCAAUGCUGUCACUAACUCUGAAUACAAGUUGGUCAUUUCUAGCAGUCUGUUGUGCAAGAUUUACUGUACUGUGUUCAUUGCUUCUUCUGAUUAGAGUGAAAGAGUAGAUCACUAGGUUGAAACACUAUGAAAAAAUGUAGCUAGCCUGUCUUAGGAGAAGCUAUAACUCAUCAAAGUAGAAGAUAUGUUUACUGCAGUUUGUCAAUGCAUACUCGACAAUGUUUUUGUGUAAGUGUUGACUAUGGUUCACUGUCAUUUUAGUUAUUAAUUUACUGUCUCACCAAGUGAAAAAGAUUAGUGCAUAGAUCACACUAAAACUUGUCUUUCUUUGCUAGUGGGCUCUGCAGUAAUUUUUAUUUUCAUUGUGUUACUAAUAACAUUUAUCAAAUACUUAACAUGUUUUGUUGAUUACUUAUGAAAGUUAUUGAUCAGGUAAUGUAAAAAACAACAACAUCUAAAUGAUUUAAGAACUGUAGUUCAGAAGUAUAUUUGAUCAGAAUUUUGACUAAAACUAACCUUCAUCAGUUUGUUUUGUUUUUAAAUCCAUUUUAAUACUUUGCAACUUUAAAUGUGUGGUAAUGAUAAGAAAACAGUAUAUGUUAAUGUUAUUUGUAAUAUUUUAGUUUGACUAAUGAACAGCUAACUAGCUGUGGUAUUGCUUUUAUCUAAAACAAUAAAGUUAUAAAAUGAAUCUUGUAACCAUUUUUGUUGUAACUAUCCAAUCUUGUAACUACUACUUGGUUAUUUGGAGUUGAUCUCAAAGUUUUCAGACAGGUAAGCAACUGAGAAGUGGUUAUAAUGUUGAUAUUUUUUGUGAUUGUGGAAAACGAAAAUGUUUUACUUUGAGAAAAUGCUUACUUGUGCUGCAUGUCAUUGAAUAACUUGGGAUAACAUUUAUUUAGGAUUGUAUUAUGAACUUCAGAUUUUGCUAAGAUCUCUCAGUGAAAUGUUACUGAUCAGUCAUGCAGGCAUCUUUUAAUCCCCUGUUUAUUUUCCACAAUUCUUAGCAUCUCAGAGACUCAAGAAUAACAGUUUAAUGUCGACUAGUAUUUAUUUAAAGUGACCAGUGUCAAGAAUAUUGUCAUACAGCGGGUUGUACUUGAUUGAAGUAUAGUUUUUUUCAUUCUCAAAACGCAAACAUGCAGCACAAAAUUUACUAGUGUUCUGAUGGUUUGAUACAGUGAGAUCAAGUUAGCAAGCUGUUUCCACUCUGCUUUUUUGAUUUUAAUCACAUGUUAAAUUUGAAGUUUGUCCAUUUAAUAUGAAUUGCAAAUUAAAUUUAAUAGAAAAAUCCCAUUCCAAUAACUCGCAUCAAUUAUGAAUAUGGCCCUCUUUUAUUUUCUUUCUCCACCAUCUGACUUUCCAUGGGGAAUAAAUUGGAUAGUCCUAAUUUAAUAUGUAAAAUAGCAGUUGAUUUUUUUUGUAGAUAUGGAAAAAAUUGCUUAAGAUACUUAUCAAUUUUGUGUUCUUGUUUGAAAAUAAUAAAAAUUUACAAUGAAAGGAAGUGAAAUCUUUUUACCUGAGGUACUAAAUUUUGAUUUUAAAAAAUGUACUUAUCAAAAUAUAAUCUUCAUUUAAGAAAAAAUAUUUAUUACAACUUCAAAAUAUUUUGAGUAUUUUGUAAAGAUAGCUCUUUCAUGUGUUUAACAUAAUAUUUUUCAUUUAGCUCUGAAUUUCAGUGACUGAUAUUUACAUAGAACUGUAAAAUGAAAGUGAAUUGAAAUAAUUCUUAAAUGAAACAUUUAACUGUUUUAGAUACUUGAAGUGUAUUCAUACUUCAGGAUGAGUUCAGUGGUGUAUGUUGUCUGGUGUUUUAAAGACUGGGCAGUCUGUAAAUUUAAAUUAUUUGUUUAUAGUUAUAAAGUUUUUCAAAGAUAAAAAAAAUUCUAAAAUCCAAAAAUUAAUUACAGGUGGUUUCAAAUCAAAGUUUAAUGCAAGUUAAUAGUCUAGUACAAUGAAGUCACCCAGCGGGUCAGCAGUAAAUUUACUGACUGACAGCACUGAAAUCUGGAAUUUGAUUCCCUCAGAUUGGUCAAAGCACAGAUUUCCCACUGUGUAGCUUUGUUCUAAAAAAAACGUUUAAUGAAAUAUUAGAUGUCACUAUUUUUACCAUUGUUCCUUAAUGCUAUGUUUGCAAGCAGAAGAAGUGACUUUUUUUUUUUACCUCACUAAAUGUGGCAAGCUAUUUUAAUUAUAUGUAAAGGUGCUUUUCUCAAAUUCUUCUAAUGUUUUACUGAAAUCAUAUAGCCAAAUACUGUGCAUUUAGAAUAGUAUUCAUAGUAAUCAUUAAAAAGUUAAUCUCAAAAUGAGAAUUUUAUAUGGUGCUACACUAAAUGAUUGUCUUGGUACCAUGCCUUUACCAGGUUCUUCCAGAUAAAGUUGCUGCCUUACUAUUUAUAGUAACAAGAAAGGAAAAGUUAUUUUUUUAAAUAUAAAAAAUGCGAAAUAUAAUUGAUGAUACAUUUUAUUAUGAAAUAUUGUAAGAAUAUGGCACUUCAAUAAAAAUCCACUGUUGGAAGUGCUUGAAAAACCAUUUUUAGGAAUAGUUUUUCUAAUUCUAAAUUUGUGUAAAAGGACUUUCAUAUUAGAGCAGAAGAUAUUUAAAUACAAAUCUGACUUACAAAAUUAACAUAUUACUAUUGCUAGAGAAUUACUAUAGUUUAGUGGAUAAAUAUCUGUACACUUUUAUGUUUGAAGAAGGAUUAUGAAUUUGUUUAGACAAGAUACAAAAGAUUUGUGUUUCUAAAUAGUUUUAAUAGCAUGGUUACUAUCAAAAAGUGGUAAAUGACACAGAAAUCUAUAAUGGAGAAUAAUUUAAAUGCAAUACUAUUUUAAAUACUUCAAGUAGGACAUCCAUUGUCUUUGAAUUACUUAAUGAUAUAACAGUUCAAUUCAUAAACGGCAGCUUUAUAAGGUUAUUUUUAAGUUGUUUUUUUUUCUUUUUAAAAAUUAUUUAUAUGAAGCAAGAGAUUAUAACAGGUGCCUGCCAGGUAGCUCAGUGACAAGCUUGGUUUUAUAAUAGAGAUAGCUCAUUGUGCAGCUUUAUGCUUAACAAAUCAACCCUAGUAGACAUUAUCACAGUUUAGAAAUAAUUACAUUGGUAUUGGACUAAUAAUGUAAAAAUAUGAUUUGUUUGAGCUUGCAUAACUUUUGCUGUAAUGGUAUCAUAAGUCUUCUUUUUAAAACCACCUUAAAAAGUAAAGUGAUGCAUGUUUAUUUCAUAAUUACAUUGGUAUUGGACUAAUAAUGUAAAAAUAUGAUUUGUUUGAGCUUGCAUAACUUUUGCUGUAAUGGUAUCAAUAAGUCUUCUUUUUAAAACCACCUUAAAAAGUAAAGUGAUGCAUGUUUAUUUCAUAGUGUAAAAGACUAAAGCCAAGGUGGAAGAAGAAUUAACUAAAGUACUGAAUAUUUUACAAGUGAUUGAUUUUAAGGUAGAAUUGAUAUCUUAUUUAACUAUGCUCUUGUAAUAAUUUUCUGUGGUUAAUGCAAAUAAACCUCAAGAAAGAAA